AUGCCGAGCUAUAAAUUCCCAGUCGAUCUCUCACAGUUCAAGCAGCUGAAGCUGGACUCCAAGAACCCGAAGUUGUCGGCUGAGCAGAAGAGCGAUCUCCUGAACAACAUCAAUGUCUUCAGAGAUGCUAUCAUUGCGUUCACGGCAACGGGCGCCGCUCGCGGUGUCUCAGGCCACACGGGUGGUCCCUUCGACACGGCACCAGAAGUGUGCAUUCUGCUGGCACUGAUUAAUGCGAAUCCGAAUGACUUCGUCGACGCCAUGUUCGACGAGGCCGGCCACCGAGUCGCCACCCAAUACCUUUUGGCAGCCAUGGACGGCAAGCUGAGCCCCGACCAUCUGCUGAACUACCGUGACGCCAACUCGAAACUCCCCGGCCACCCGGAGCUGGGCCUGACGCCUGGCGUCAAGUUCAGCUCGGGCCGUCUGGGUCACAUGUGGGGGAUGGUCAAUGGAAUCUCCAUGGCCAAUAAGGACAAGAAUGUUUUGCUGCUGGGCUCGGAUGGAUCCCAGCAGGAAGGAAACGAUGCCGAGGCGGCGCGCAUUGCCGUGGCCAACAACCUCCGAGUUAAAUUGUUUAUUGACAACAACGAUGUCACAAUCGCUGGUCACCCGUCCCAGUACCUGAAGGGCUACGACAUUGGCCAGACGCUCCAGGGCCACGGCCUGAAGGUGAUCCGCGCCGAGGGAGAGAAUGUGGAUUCGCUGUACGGCGCCGUGUGCGAAGUCAUUAACUAUAACGGCCCAGCGGCUGUUGUCGUGGACCGGAAGAUGGCCGCCGGCAUUGAAGGAAUCGAGGGCGAGACGCACGCCCAUGAUGUUAUCAGUGUCGAGGUUGCGCGCAAAUACCUCACCAGGCGCGGAUACAGCAAGGAGCAGCUUGCGUUCUACGACGAGAUCAAACCCAGAUCCAACCCGCACCAGUACCAGGGCUCGUCCAAGGACAAGGGCGCGAAUCGGUCCAUCUUCGGUGAGGCCGUCAACGCGGUGCUCGAUGGUCUGAGCAAGGAAGAGGCCACCCGCCGGGUCAUGGUCAUCGACUCGGACCUGGCGGGAUCGACCGGCCUCAAGGCCAUUCAGUCCAAGCACCCCGAGGUCUUCGUUCCGUCUGGUGUGAUGGAGCGUGGCAACUUCUCUGCAGCAGCGGGUUUCGGGUUCGGCAGCAACGGCGAGCGCCAGGGUGUGUUCUCGACGUUCUCGGCCUUCCUGGAGAUGUGUAUCUCCGAGAUCACGAUGGCGCGACUGAACAACUGCACGGUGCUUUCGCAUUUCUCGCAUAGUGGCGUCGACGAGAUGGCUGACAACACCUGCCACUUCGGGCUCAAUCACUUCUUCGCCGACAAUGGGCUCCUGGAUGCCGAGAGCACGUCCCUGUACUUCCCUGCGGACGGCGAGCAGAUGAAGGCCGUGGUGAACAAGGUCUUCUGGGACAGCGGCAUACGGUUCAUCUUCUCGACUCGUGCCAAGGUCCCGUACAUCCUCAAGGAGGGCACCGACCAAAAACUGUAUGGUGACGGUUACAAGUUCGUGCCCGGCAAGGAGGAGAUUGUCCGCAAGGGAUCAGCUGGGUACAUCGUCUCGUACGGCGAUAUGCUCUACCGUUCCCUGGAUGCUGUGGAGCAAUUGCGCCAGUCAGGUCUGGAUGUGGGAUUGAUCAACAAGCCGACGCUGAAUGUGGUUGAUGAGGACGCCAUCAAGCUGUACGGCUCGACCCCAUUCGUGCUGACGGUCGAGUCCAUUGCACAGAAGACGGGUCUUGGGUCUCGCCUCGGAACUCACCUGCUGGAGCGCAAGCUCACUCCCAAGUUCAAGUCGAUUGGCGCCAUUAAAGAGGGCUGUGGUGGUCUGUACGAGCAGAUCAAUGCCCAAGGCCUCGGACCGGAUGACAUUGUUGCGGCUGUCCAGGAGGUUGCUAGGAAAUAA